CACUUGGGAAAAGUCCGGAGGCGUUCGCGCGCUGAUAAGCACAACAAAAUCUAAGUAGCUGCUGAAGCAAAAACUGUCGAAACAAAAAUAUAUUGAACGCAUUAAAAACUCGUCACAUAUAACACGGCGCUCAAAGUGUGAACGUCGUCUCUAGACUUUUUUUCGUAAAAUAAUAAUCAAUGUGCUCUUAAUUAGUUCGGUAUUUUCAGUGUAUAUAAAUCGCUAUAAUCGGCAUAUGUGUAUAUUUAUAUAUAUAUACAUAUAUUGUGAUUCUAAUUUAGGACUAAACUAUAUUUAAUCGAAAAGGAAUAUAUAUUAUAAAUUGCUAUAAUGAGUGAGAAAUUAGUGAACGGUACUUGCAACACCAACGGCGAUGUCAGCAACAACAAAUGCAACGGCACAGCAAAGGAAAUACGCGUAUGGUGCGAUGGCUGCUACGACAUGGUGCACUUUGGGCAUGCCAAUUCCCUACGACAAGCCAAAGCACUUGGCGAUAAGGUAAUUGUCGGCAUACACACAGAUGAAGAGAUCACCAAACACAAGGGUCCACCCGUCUUUACCGAGGAGGAGCGCGUCAAGAUGGUCAAGGGCAUUAAAUGGGUGGACGAGGUGGUACUCGGUGCUCCAUAUGUGACCACAUUGGAGGUUCUCGAUCAAAACAACUGUGAUUUCUGUGUGCAUGGCGAUGACAUAACAAUGACCGCUGAGGGUGUGGAUACGUAUCAUCUGGUCAAGUCAGCAAAUCGUUACAAGGAAGUCAAGCGCACCGCUGGCGUCUCAACCACAGACCUUGUGGGUCGCAUGUUGCUGUUGACACGCAAUCAUUUCCGUCAGGGUUCCGCCGAAUAUGAUAUCGAGAAAGAAGAAACAACAGCAAAACUUUUAAAACUUCAACAACUGCAAUCCCGUUUAGGUUCUUCGAACAUGGGUCAGGAUUCAUCAGCUAAAAGUCCUUGGACCGGCUGCAGUCAAUUUUUGCCCACAACACAAAAGAUAAUUCAGUUCAGCGAUGGAAAAUCACCCAAUCCCAACGAUAAGAUUGUGUAUGUUGCCGGCGCCUUUGAUCUCUUCCAUGUGGGCCAUUUGGAUUUCCUGGAAAAGGCCAGCAAACUGGGUGAUUAUUUGAUUGUUGGACUGCACACAGAUCCGGUUGUUAACUCAUACAAGGGCAGCAACUAUCCCAUUAUGAAUCUGCACGAGCGUGUUCUCAGUGUUUUGGCCUGCAAGUUUGUCAACGAGGUAGUCAUUGGAGCACCCUACUGCGUCACUGAGGAGCUGCUUGAUCAUUUUAAAAUUGAUAUUGUCUGCCAUGGGCGCACACCGAUUGCCAUGGAGGAUGGUAAAAUAGAUCCGUAUGCUGUGCCCAAGACGCGGGCCAUCUUUGAGCUGCUCGACUCCGGCAACGAAAUGACCACGGAGCGCAUUGUUGAGCGCAUCAUCUCACAUCGGCUGGAAUACGAGCGCCGAAAUCAAGCCAAAGAAAAGAAGGAAAUUGAAGCAUUCGAGGCGCUGCAACGGCAAAAGCAAACACAAAAGGCGGGCUAGAAUCCCGGCUUUAGUUUGUUUGAUCGUUUACCAAUAUUUAGACAAUGUGUUUUUAGUUUUUCUCUUUAGUUUGUUUCGUUCUUUUUAAUUCGUUCGAUUCCGUUGCAUUUUACUUUUUGUUUUCUUUUAAAUUAAUGUGGAUCCUCAUCCUCUAAAACAUGAAACAACUAAUACAACUAUAUAUACAUUUUAUAUAUAUAUAUAGUCAAGUAGCGUAUUUAAAACAUCAAAAUUUUAUGUAAUGUAGGCUCAAAAAUUGUAAAUUCCCCCUUUGUAUCUUUUAAGUGUAACCGAGUGUUAAACUCGACAAAAUUGUACGAAAUACAUCUAAGGCUAAUGCAAAUUGAAUUGUGUAUUGAGGAGAUCCUCUCAGUUGUACGUUGCUAACGAUAGGCUCCUAAUGCUAGGAGCCAACCCAUAAUCAAUGCGUAAUCUCCAGAGUUCUGUUAGCUUGAUAAGCGUAUGAUUUCCUUAGUGCAAAUCUAAAUAUAUAUAUAUAUAUAUAUAUAUCUUAUGUAUCAUUAUGUUUCACGUGCUUAGUUUGUUAAACAAUUGAAAGUUGUGUGUACUAUAGUUAUUGCCAAAAAAAAAAAAAACAAUAAAAAUUUAUUUAUAGCUUA